AAAUGAGGUUCUGUUCCUGAGAAAGCGGCGAGGCGGGCUUAUAUUUGGUCUGUACCGGAUUUGGAGCAUUCCAAUCCGAAUAACUUUGACCAUCGACACGUACAUUUUGAUCCACUCCAUCUUGACCAACUGAACCUACACAACCCCAUAGUCUUACCAAGUGCAAUCCUCACAAAACACCACACAUACCACCCCGAUCAUGGGCUGGCUCUGGGGCUCGAAAGCGGACGACUCCGCCGUUUCCAUCGAUAAAGAGCUUCAAGAAGUCCUCCGACAGGAGGCUCCGAAACCCACUCUCCCAGUUCCAUCCUCCAAACCACGGCCGCAACAACCCCCAGAAGCGCCCCAGAAUGACGAGAAUACAUCACGCGUUAAUACAAAAUCUCUCUUCCCCGACGGCCGCUACGACCACCUGUGGAAGACAUACCGGCCCAUCGAUGAAGUCGAACAUGGCCAACGCACGCAUAACGAGGUACUACGGGACCUGGUCGACGACAUGAAAGAUCGCAAACGCCAGGUCGCCGACGCGGCGAAGGAGAACUGCAUCUUCGAGGUGCUGGCGACCAACGACUGCUGGGCCAACGGCGGGCUCCAAUCGCGCAUCACCAUGUGCAGCGACGAGACGAACCGGCAGGCCCGGUGCAUCGAGCUGCAAAAGAAGUUUCUGUACGCGUUGGGGUUCUAUUCGUACUAUGACCGGCCGCGAGACGAGAUGGAUCGACUCCAGAUACACGCCGAUCGACUCUAUCGGCAGAUGAUGGAGCAUGAGAAGAUCAUCGAAGAUGCGAGGGCCCAGAACGAACCCCUCCCCGAGUUGCCGCCGGUCAUGUCGCGGGAGAACGUCACCAGCGUGUUCAAAGAGGUGGCCAAGAGCAGUAAAGAUCCGAAUCGGACAGCCGAAGGCGUGCCGUCCAUCGAGUGGAUCUUCGAGAAUUCGCCCAAGAUGGUGCGGGAGGAAUACGAACGGUCGAUUCAAGAUAAGUCACCGGAAGAGGUCGCCCUGAUGCAGAGGGAGCUGGAGGGGAAGGAGUUCUACAAGCGGCAUAGCAGAGGGGAUGUGAGCGACAUCUACCGCUAUGAGCGAGAGGCACGCGCGGAGAGGAAGGAGAAAGGAAAAACCUACUUUGGAGACUUUAUCCUCAAUUGGGGAGGGUUCAAUUCGGCGGAAGGGAAACCUGGAACUCGAGAGUCGUCAGACUCGGCAGGAAAGCAAUGAACCUGUGUAUAUCCCAUGUAUGAUACGAAGUUGCUGGCUCUUGUAAGAUACUGUGGAUGCCAUAUCAUGCAAUCCAUACUCGAAACCAAACCCCGACUCAACUGAUCCAUCCACGAUGUUUAGCGCAUGUAUAUUCUCUAAUAAGUC